AUUGAACUUCCGGCUCGAAAAAUGUCAUCGUUUCGAAGUUCGCAGCCCUUUCAGCCGGGUAUGGCGACAAUACCCGCAACAAAAGUUGAAAUUACCGUUUCAGCAAGGAAUCUACUAGACAGAGAUGUGAUGUCAAAGUCAGACCCAAUGUGUGUCCUUUAUACAAAACAAUUUGGACAAGAUAAUUUUUUUGAGUUUGGCCGCACUGAGAUGAUAAAAAAUUCACUGAACCCUGACUUUGUUAAAAAGUUUACAAUGGAUUACUUUUUUGAAGAAUCACAGAAACUUCGCUUUGACUUGUAUGAUGUUGAUUCCCCAAGUCAAAAGUUAGACAUGCAUGAUUUCUUGGGACGUAUGGAGUGCACAUUAGGAGAGAUAGUAGGGGCACCUGGUAAUAAAGUGUGUAAGGCCCUUGCCAAUAACAAGAGACAGGGAACUAUCAUUGUUAGGGCAGAGGAAGUGGUUGACUGCAAGGAUGAGGUCACAAUGCAUCUUUCAGGAUCCAAACUUGACAAGAAGGACUUCUUCGGGAAAUCUGACCCCUUUCUUGUGUUCUAUAGAGUAAAUGAAGAUAUGAGUUAUACAAUUGUACACAAAACUGAGGUGAUAAUGAACACAUUGAACCCUACAUGGAAGCCAUUCACCAUUCCUGUGAGAUCUCUAUGUUGUGGUGACCAUGACAGAUCUGUAAAGGUGGAGUGCUAUGACUGGGACAGUGAUGGAAGCAGUCAUGACCUGAUAGGGGUAUUCUCAACGACACUUAAAGAAAUGACUGGCGGGACUCACACCUCAUUUGAUCUAGUUCACCCAAAGAAAAAAGCAAAGAAGAAAAGUUAUAAAAACUCGGGAACAAUCAACAUUCAGAAUAUCAAAAUCACACAGUCUUACUCUUUCCUUGACUACAUCUCAGGCGGGACUGAACUCAACUUCACAGUGGCAAUAGACUUCACAGCUUCGAAUGGUAACCCAGCCCAGCCCACUUCUUUACAUUACCUUAACCCAUACCAACCCAACCAGUAUGCCCAGGCCCUUAAUUCAGUGGGGGAGAUUAUACAAGAUUAUGACUCUGAUAAGAUGUUCCCAGCACUUGGGUUUGGUGCCAGAAUACCUCCACAGGGUACAGUAUCCCAUGAGUUCUUCCUGAAUGGUCAUCCCACUGACCCAUACUGCCAUGGCCUGCAGGGCUUAAUGCAAGCCUACCAUCACAGCCUCAAGACUGUGCAACUGUAUGGCCCAACCAACUUCUCACCAGUCAUCAAUCAUGUGGCAAAAUUUGCCCAAGCUGUGAGGGACGGAUCAAACUACUUCGUUCUGUUGAUCAUCACAGAUGGUGUUAUUACAGAUAUGCCACAAACAAAAGAAGCCAUUGUGCGGGCCUCCUAUUUACCUAUGUCUAUAAUAAUAGUUGGAGUGGGGAAUGCAGAGUUUGAUGCAAUGGAUGAACUAGAUGCAGAUGACAAGAGACUAUAUGCAAAUGGCCAGUAUGCUGAAAGAGAUAUCGUACAGUUUGUACCAUUUCGUAACUUCAUGAGUGGACGUCAUGGUAGCAACCCAGCUGCUAUGCAACAACACCUCGCCAAGGAAGUCCUCGCUGAAAUACCAGAGCAAGUUGUCUACUACAUGAAAAAAUACAAUGUAAAACCUAAACCCCCACCCCCAGUGUCAAGCACUAUGUCAGAGCCUCCACCCACAGGAGCAAUGUCCGCCAUGUCUACAGCACCACCCCCAGGUGCUCCUGGGGCACCCCCACAAGGAGCAUACCCAGGUGCCCCUCCCCAGGGAGCAUACCCUGGAGCACCUCCUCAAGGGAUACCACCACAGGGAGCAUAUCCUGGUGCUCCUCCCCAGGGAGCAUACCCUGGUGCCCCUCCUCAGGCUCCAUACCCAGGGGCACCUCCCCAAGCAGGAUAUCCUGGAGGUCCACCAUCAGGACCACCCCCAAGGACUGUACCAUCUCAAGGUGGUUAUCCAGGGGCACCACCCUAGUAUUUUGACACUGCCAAUUCUUAAGUUGAGAUUGUGUUGUGAAAUAUGUUCCCCUGUUUGUCCAAUAUAUCAAUUAUAACUUAUAACAUAUGCAAGUAGUUUCCUUUGCCCACAUUUUACACUUACGCAAAUACUGUACAUACUGAUAUCUAUUCAAGUAGUAAAUUGAUUUUAUAUGUAGGUGAAAUGUUAUUAGUAGCUAUAGUUAAGACUGUUUAAAGUGUGUGAGUAUUUUAGUGCAAUAUGCAUGUAGAGUGUAACUUGUAAGUAGAAACAAGUGGAUCUGUCAAAAUAGAUAUUUAAGUUCCUAGUUUUAUAUCAAAGCAAAAUUCCUCGUUG